UUUUUUUUAAGAUAAAGAACUAAUAUAAAAGAGCUGUUUGUUUUUUGAUUUUACUUUCUUUACUUUUUCACUUUUAAAAUCCAUUUUGUAAAUACCAUAUACCAAUCUUUAAAGUAUUUAAAUUACCCCUCCAAAAAAAAACUAUACUUUAGCCAAGCCAAAAUAAUAUUAUGGACAGAAAAUAUAAUUCAAGAAGAUUAAGCUUUUCAUCUGACAUUAGUGAUGAAGGUCAAGAUUUAUCUCCAAUGAAAUCAUCCAAAAUAUAUCACCAAAAUAAGAAUUAUUGGGACCAGCUCUUGGCUCAAUUUGAUUCUCAAUCAGAUAUGGCACAACUCAUUCAAUUAUGUAGAACUGAAGAAUAUAGACGUCAGCGUGAAGAAACAAAAACGAAAUUAAAAGAAUAUCAAGUAUGGUACCAAUUACAGAAUCUUCAAGGCAAAAAAUUACCGAAAAAUGACAAAGAAUAUAACCCUCAUUUACCUUCUCUUUCUCAUUAUUAAUUAUUAUUAUUAUUAUUUCUUUAAAAGCAGACAUUUAUUUAUAUAUCCCCCCUCCUCCGUUAUUUGUUACUGAACACAAUUGUAUAUCUCUCUUUUUUUUUUGUUAAGUUCAUACUUUCUCUUUAUAAAUAUGCAUAUUUUAUAGUAGCCUUUUUUUUUAUUAUAAUCCAUAGAGUACUUAUGAAUAAGCAUAAUAAAUGUAAAUACUUAUAGCUAUUGAUAACUUAA